AUGAAAUUGAUUUUAUUCGUUCUUAUUAUUAGCCUUUAUUUCCUAAAUACUGUUCAAGGUAAAGAAGCUUCAGCUUGCUUCACUGGAAAAGGAGAUAGAAAAAUCAAAGGAUAUGUUACUUUUACUGAACAACGUGGUAAAAAGGACGGGCUCCAUGUUCAAGUUAAAAUUACUCAAGGUUUUGCCCAAGGAAAAAAGUAUCCUUAUCAUGUUCACCUGUAUAAAAUAGUAAAUGGAGACUGUAAUUCUACGGGAACUCAUUUAGAUCCUUCUGGUGUUGGUAAGAAACCAAAUUAUCAUUGCAAUCCCAAAACACCUAACGAAUGUGAAGCUGGAGAUUUAAGCGGUAAACAUGGUGAUCUUGAAAUCGAUCAUAGUGGCAUGGCUAAAGCUUCGUAUUUUGACCGAUUCAUUUCUUUGAAAGGUCAUGCAAACGGGGUCGUUGGUCGCUCCGUUGUUAUUCACGCUGCUAAAGAUCGUACGACGAGAAUUGCUUGUGCUGACAUUGUUAUGGGAAAAUGUCACGUGUAA